AUGUCUGUGUUACGGUGCUUACGUUGCUGGAUAUUGUUCCGACCUAUUAAGAUUUUCGACAAAGAUUAUAAAGCACCGAAAAAUGCUGAACUGUAUCGUACGGAACACUCCACUUCGUGCCUGUCUUUCCUUGUGAUUAUCAGUGCGCUUUUCGCUACCACACGAGGAAACAAUAUUACCUCCUCUAGUUUAUUCGAGAGCGUUUCCAAUUCAACUUCAACUGCUACGUCAAACGUUAUAAAACCACUUGAACCGCUGCUGACUUCGAAUGCCGUAAUACUGGCCUCUCCACCGGAAGUGACCACGCCAGCUUCCGCAGAAUCAUCUGCUAGUCCUUCGGAUGUGAGUACCGAGAGUACAACAUCCCCGUCCAGCCAUCUCGUUCACCUUCCGGUUUCGCCACCACCGGCGGUGUUUCCGGAUGCUCCUCAAAUGAUCGACCAAAGACAAACGCAAUUCGGUGAAGGUUAUCUACCCGGUCAAAAGCCCUAUCAAUUAAUUGCACACUCGUGA